GAGGAAAUAGUAUCUCCUUUCUACACUCCGCUUCAAAAUGCAACUGUUCCGCAUCUCAUUUGUUACCACCUUUCUGUAACUUCACUCACUUCACUUUUAUUACUGCAACAACAAUCAACGAUCAUGGCUAACGAUCAUAAGAACAAAGAAAAAGAGAAUGAGUAUUUUCUUGACGCUAACGAAGAUGAAGCGGAUAUCGAAGCUGUCAAAUACGAUAGCGAUGCUAGUAGUCAUUAUAAUGAUAAUGGAAGUGAUGAUGGCGAUUAUGAUGACAAUCGUAGACAACAACAACAACCUCAAUCUUUCUCUUCUCAACAAUGGCCUCAAAGUUACCAAGAGGCUAUUGAUCCUUUCACAAUUGCUGCACCAAAUCUUGGAUCAAUUCUAAAAGCACCGAGUGUUAUAUACUCAAGCUUUGUAAGUCGUUCAAGGAGUUACUUAGAAUUACAAGAUGGAAAGACAUCUUUUCUAUCUGGUAGAGAUCUCACUCAAGAUGGAUUCCCUACAAGACAAUCAACGUGGUGGGAGAAAGCUUCAAUUCAGAUGCAGAUUCCUGAAGAAUUGCCAAUUGGUUAUGGAUGUAGCUUCACUCAAACUAUAUUUAAUGGGAUUAAUGUGAUGGCUGGAGUGGGGCUUCUAUCUACACCUUAUACUGUGAUGCAAGCUGGGUGGGCUAGUAUGUUGGUGAUGGUUGUUUUUGCAGUUGUAUGUUGUUAUACAGCAGACCUUAUGAGACAUUGCUUUCAAAGCAGAGAAGGCAUCAUUAGUUACCCAGAUAUAGGAGAAGCUGCAUUUGGAAAAUAUGGCCGAGUUAUUAUAUCAAUCAUUUUGUACACUGAAUUAUAUUCAUAUUGUGUGGAAUAUAUCAUCAUGGAAGGUGAUAACCUUGCCGGUCUGUUUCCUGGAACAUCCUUGCGUUGGGGAGGUUUCAAUUUGGAUGCCAAACAUUUAUUCGGAAUUUUGACUGCACUUAUUAUCCUCCCUACGGUUUGGUUGAAGGAUCUUCGUAUAAUUUCCUAUCUCUCAGCUGGAGGAGUUAUUGCUACAUGUUUGAUUUCUGCAUGUGUGUUUGUUGUUGGGACAACAGAUGCUGUUGGAUUCCAUCACACUGGUCCUUUGGUGAAAUGGAGUGGAAUUCCAUUUGCUUUUGGUAUUUAUGGGUUUUGCUUUGCAGGACAUUCAGUUUUUCCCAAUAUUUAUCAGUCUAUGGCUAACAAGAGAUAUUUUACCAAGGCAGUAACGAUAUGUUUUGUUUUGUCCAUGUUGUUAUAUGGAAGCGUUGCAACCGCGGGAUUUCUCAUGUUUGGUGAAGCAACAUUGUCUCAGAUAACGUUGAAUCUACCGCGGAAUGCAUUUGCUUCCAAAUUCGCCAUGUGGACUAUAGCAAUUAUCCCGCUAACCAAAUAUGCUUUGAUGAUGAACCCACUGGCAAGGGGUGUAGAAGAAUUGUUGCCUGAUAGCAUAACAAGCACAAAUUGGUGUUUCAUUCUUCUUAGAACAGCACUGGUUAUAUCUACAGUUGGUGCUGCUUUUCUGAUUCCAUUUUUUGGGCUAGUGAUGGCUUUAAUUGGUUCUCUCCUCAGUGUACUUGUGGCAGUGGUAUUGCCAGUUUUCUGUUUUCUGAAAAUUGUGGGGAAAAAGGCAACAAAUACACAGGUUGCUCUUAGUGUAGUAAUUGCUGCAUGGGGAAUAGCUAGUGCUUCCAUUGGAACAUAUUCAUCUCUAUUAAAGAUUGUGCAGAGCUGACACCUUUUGAUUUCAGCAAUUAAGUACUCACUUAUCAUUGUAGCCAUUGCUAUAUGCAUGUCCCAUUGAGUUAUAUACUGCCAGGAGGAGACCAUUUAUAAAGUGAAUUAUGAAGGGAAUGAUAUCAUAAUCGUGGAUCGAUUGCACCCAUAAAAAAUGAAAUCAAACUAAGGCUGUCAAGAAGUAUACUUUCGAAAUCGUGUGUUUUUAUUUAGAAUUUUAGAGUGGAAUAAGUUAUCUCCGUAAUUAAUUUAUACUAUGCUAGAAUGCUAGUGUGUGAGAUAAUUUAUUCGUUGUUUUUAAUUUUUUUCUACUAUGAUAAAAGUUCACGAUAGAACUUAAUUUAA